AUGGAGGAAAAAGAGAAGAAAAAGCAUCGUGCAAAGCAUAGCGGGCCGAAGGCAGAGAAAAAAAGGAAACGUUACCUCAAUGAUCUAGGAAUAGGAGACGAGGAGAAUGCGCGGAAGAGAAACCCCAAAGCCUUUACGGUCCAGUCCGCUGUGCGGAUGGCCAGAACUUUCCAUAGAACUCAGGAUUUGAAGACUAAAAAACAUCACAUUCCUGUGGUUGACCGUACUCCUUUGGAGCCACCUCCUGUGGUGGUGGUUGUAGUCGGCCCUCCCAAGGUUGGGAAGAGCACCUUAAUAAAAUGUCUCAUUAAGAACUUCACAAGGCAAAAACUGGUUGAAAUCCGAGGUCCUGUAACAAUUGUUUCAGGUAAAAAACGCAGGCUAACUAUUAUUGAAUGUGGGUGUGACAUUAACACAAUGAUUGACCUGGCUAAAGUUGCUGAUUUGGUUCUAAUGCUUAUUGAUGCCAGCUUUGGAUUUGAGAUGGAAACGUUUGAAUUCCUGAACAUUUGUCAGGUACAUGGCUUUCCCAAAAUUAUGGGAGUUCUUACCCACUUGGAUACCUUCAAGAACAACAAACAAUUAAAGAAAACUAAAAAGAAGUUAAAGCACAGAUUCUGGACUGAAGUGUAUCCGGGUGCUAAGCUGUUUUAUCUCUCUGGGAUGGUUCACGGAGAAUAUCAAAAGCAAGAAAUUCACAAUUUGGGGCGUUUUAUCUCGGUUAUGAAAUUCCGACCUCUUACUUGGCAAACAUCUCACCCGUAUGUUCUCGUGGACAGAAUGGAAGAGUUGACAAAUCCAGAAGAUGUUCGAAUCAAUCCCAAAUGUGACAGGAAGGUAUCACUUUAUGGAUAUUUGAGAGGAGCACACCUAAAAAGCAAAAGUCAAAUUCAUAUGCCAGGUGUAGGAGACUUUACUGUGAGUGAUGUGAGUUUCCUACCAGACCCCUGUGCUCUACCUGAACAGCAGAAGAAGCGUUCUUUAAAUGAGAAAGAGAAACUAGUCUAUGCCCCUCUUUCAGGAGUUGGGGGCAUUGUGUAUGAUAAAGAUGCUGUUUAUAUUGACCUUGGUGGAAGCCAUGCUCAUCAAAAAGAAGAGGAGGAAGUGAGACCAAAUAACGAACUAGUUCAGAGCCUCAUCUCCACGCAUUCAGCCAUUGAUGUUAAGAUGGCAUCAAGCAAGGUCUCUCUCUUCAUGGACUCUAGACCCCUAGGUUCAGAAGAUGUAGGACAAGAGUUUGUGAUGCCAAAAGAAGAGAGACAGGUUGAUUUGAAGACUGGAAGAGUACGUCGGAAGGCAUUAUUUGAAGAAGAGGAGAAAGAAAAUGACGAUGCGGUAAGUGAUGAGGAAGACGACCAAGAAGAAGAAGAAGAAGCUAUGUCUGAGGAUGGGAGCGAUGGCGAUGAUGAAGAUGAUGCUGAGGAAGAAGGUGACAGAGAGCUGCUAGGGGAAGAGGUGGCUCUUGGGAGAGCCAAACGCCUGAAAACAGAGAUGGCUAGAGAGGAAACUAUGAAUGAACUGCCAGCAUUUGCAGACAGUGAUGAUGAUCUUGAGAUGAGUUCUGAAGGAGAAGAAGGAAGAACUGCCCUGGAAGAGAACGAGAUGGAGGAGGAUGAUGAUGAGGAGGAUGAUGAUGAGCAAAGGACUUACGAAAAUGAAAGCUCAGAUAGUGAAUUUGAGGCUGCAAGCAAGAGAGUUGCUGAAUCCAAGCAGUACGAAAUAAAUAGUGAAGAUGCAGAAAUGAGAUCACAAGUCUUAGAUCACGGUCUGAAAAGAAAAGCAGUGCUCACUACAGAUUCAGGAAACUGCACAGCAGAAGAGGCAUCAGAAUCUGAGGCUGAAAACUCUUCCCUCGAUGAGGGCGAUGAUGAAGAAGGAUCACAUGAUGAAGAUGCAAAUAGGAAGGGAUUUCAGCACACUCAAGCAAAGAAAGCUGAUAGUAUUAGACAGACUAAACUUAAAGCUCUAGAAGCUGAGGAUGAUGAUGACGUGGAGAAUCUACUGAGAGAGGAAGAGGAGUAUGAAGAAAAAAUAGAUUUUUCUACUGAUACAACAGGUGCACUUAAGUGGAAAGAGGACCUUACACAGAAGGCAGCUGAAGCCUUUCUAAGACAGCAACGUUCAACCCCCAAUCUUCGUAAACUCAUCUAUGGAACAGCUGUCAAGGAUGAGGACCAUGAGAGUGAGGAUGCAGGUGAUGAACUUGGAGGUUUGUUUCAUGUCAGCCGUCCAGACAAAGCAUCCAAACAGAAGGCUAAUGCUCUUGACUGUUCCAAAUUUCCGAUAGAAAAGCCGCAAGAUUGGGAUUUAGAAGAGGUUGUGAGCAGUAUUCGAGACUGCUUUGUUACUGGAAGGUGGGAAGAUGAUAAAGAUGCAGCAAAGUUGUUGGAGGAAGAUGAAGAACUGUAUGGAGAUUUUGAAGACCUUGAAACCGGUGUUGUGCACAAAGGAAAGCCUGCUGCUGAAGGAGAUGAGUCUGGAAGUGAAGAUGAUGAGGAAGAUGGAAAAAUGUCCAAACCAGAACCGGAGGAGGAGGAAAAGAAAAAGGAGCGCAUGGACAAGAAACGCAAACUGAAGGAAAUGUUUAAUGCAGAGUAUGAUGAAGGGGAUGCCACAUACUUUGAUGAUCUUAAAGAAGAAAUGCAUAAACAAGCACAGCUUAACCGAGCAGAAUUUGAAGAUCAAGAUGAUGAGACCAGAGUGCAGUAUGAAGGCUUUCGGCCUGGGAUGUAUGUUCGAAUAGAGAUUGAGAAUGUCCCAUGUGAAUUUGUCCUGAAUUUUGACCCUCAUUAUCCUAUUAUCCUGGGUGGUUUAGGCAACAGCGAAGGAAAUGUCGGAUACGUACAG